AUGAAUGUAAUCGGGGGAACCUCAGAUGAAAUUGUGAAAGCUCUGAGACCAGGAGAUGACCCUUCUAGCUCUGAUAAAAGAGAUUUAGCCAACGAGAUUAAUAAUGCCUUUUUGGCUCCUAUGGCUAGAUAUGUGCCGUUAUCCUCAGUACCUCGUCAACAUCUCAUCCAACCCGCACAAAGUGAUACAGUAAUUACUGUAACAUCGAAUGCUGUUUUCGAAAACCUUCUCAAACUUAAUCCCAAAAAAGCUCAUGGUCCGGAUGGCAUACCGUCGUGGCUCCUAAAAGAAAACGCAGAUCUAUUAGCUGGUCCGAUAGCGGCCAUCUUGAACU